AUGAGCUCCGCUGAAUUAGCGGGUAUGGUACUCUGGGAGAAAGAGGGCGCGUUAAAAUCCAUCAUGUUUCCAUAUGUGCGUAAUCAUGCAAACGCAAUGAUGGCUCGGAUCCGACAGGAAGACCCGCGUGCCCACUACGUAGCACUUCAGGAGGUGAACGAAGUGUGCCUGUACAAACGCAUUAAUCAAAAUCAAGAGAUACUGGUGCCUUCUGCUGCGCCUCCAGUGGCGGCAUCGCUGUCGUCGUCCUUUUCAUCCAUGGCGCCGUUUUCUCGGCGUGAUGUCAGUAUCACGCGCGACCAAAUGGAUAGCACGCACUGUAAACCUGAAGAGUUUGAGUUUCGAGGUAUUACACACGUCCCUGGUACCGUCGACACGGUGAUAGAUUUCUUAGCUAGUGAGUCGGCACGAGAGAAUUACUGGGUGGCGCUCAACACACUUCGAGACGUCAAGGCCGCAGCCUUAUUGUCCAGUGCGCGACUGCAGCCACAGUCGCUAUCAGCAUCGUCUGUCACGUCUAAUACCGAGAUAGACAUCACGGCGUUCCCGCGUUGGAGUCGUAAAUACAUGGCCGCCCAAUUUUCUAAACACAACACACAUGUGCUGGACUGCUGCUAUGCAGAAUAUGCGACUUGUUGUAUCGAGACCAACAACAGAGGCCACUCCCGACUACGUGGAUUCGUCUACCGUCGCUCCGUAUCGGAACGUGCAUUGAGUAGCACGUCCAGUGUGUCAUCCGAGCCCCUGGCCAAGGCCCGCGUACAAGGAGCCGCCAGGUUCUACAUCCGCGACUGGCUCUUUGACGUCGUGGAGACGCAAGAACCUCUUGUCUGCAAGUUGGUCUUGACCUGUACAAUGCUCAUCCCACAAACAAUGGGGCGAGGCGGAUUCAUGUUCAGGUCAGCCUUUCGGGAAUUCUGCACUGAAUUGAUGGUGGGCACGCGUCGAGCACUGACCCAUCAAUGGAAGGACCAUGCUGCUCAUGCUGGCGUUCGCUCUUCUUCGGCAUGGAGACGAGAGACGCGUUGCUGCUCAGUUUGCUCGGCACAGUUCUCGCUGUUACGCAAGCGCUACAUUUGUCGCUCGUGCGGGUCUGGAAUGUGCUCAAAAUGCUGCCUGAAGACUACCCCUGCUCCCGACCGCUUGCGUAGCGAAUUCAGCAGCUCUGUGGUAUCUGGGGCUAAAAUGCAGCAGCGUGGAAGCGACAAUCGAGAGUGCCUGCUAUGUGCAAAGUUUGGAUUAAACAGCGAGCUCAACAUAUCCUGCGCACGACAAACAAGUAGUAAAGGCCGCCACCUCUCAACCUCUAUAUCCUCCAUGUCCGCGUCGAUUUCUCGAGGUUUCGCAGUUUCGUCGCGUGGGGUAGGAGCAAUUCUUGACUUGGAGCAAGAAGAAGUCGACCAAGCACACCCGGAUCUAGAGCUGCGCUCUACCACAUCCAUUUCAGGCUCAAGGGGUCAACGCAGUCAACAAAGUAUUGGAAGUAUUAGCAGCCAGCGCAGCAUCAGCGGACCGGAUGACGAUGAUGAGGAGUCGGACGAAGAUGCCAGACCAUGUUGCUCGCGUGUUGACCUACGAGCUGCAAACUCCAAGCUGCGGGCCAAGUCUGCAGAAUCGAGUCGCAGCUCACAUAGUGCCCCAAGUAUUGUCCUCCUAUCGGAUCUGGAUGCCCUCACGCUUUCAGGUAGUUUCCAUCGUACAGCUAGCGUGUCGGCACGUUCGUCGGCUAGUUUUGCUGCAAGCUUGUCGACACGAUCCCCAGCCAAUGGAAGGAAGCCUGCCAAGUCGGCGGCACCUACUCUUACAGCUCCACGUGCGCAGCAAUCGCUGCAACGCCAGGAUCGCGCAGUUUCUGCAGAUGAUUUUCUUCUGACAGCAGCUAAGCCUCGCGUCGGCACGAGAGAAGGAUCUCAGGAGAGUAGCGCUAGUACUGAAGAAGACGAAGAAGUGUACUCGGAGGACGAUCUGGCAAACUUUACCCUCAAGCUGCUACCUACUACGCAGUAA